AUGGCGCUGACCAGCUCGGUAGCAGCGUUGGCAGCAGUGAUGCUGCUGAUGGCAUUUUCGGCGGCAGCGGCGGCGGUCGACGUGCCUCCGCCGCCGCAGAACUGCACCCGCACGUGUGGCAACGUCAGCGUGCCGUACCCGUUCGGCGUCGGCCCGGCCGUCUGCUCUUGGCCGGGCUUAAACCUCACCUGCGACACGAGCGGCGGCGCCCCACGGCUGCUGCUCGGCGACGGCACCCUCCAAGUCGCGGAGAUCUCCAUCGAGAACAAGACGGUGCGCGUCCUACACAACGGCGACAUCAAAGUCAACGCUGCCGGCAACGGCAUGUUCGGCGGCGGGCUGAGCGAGGACGGACCCUACGAGCUCGGCUUGAACGAGCUUGUCGUGGUGGGCUGCAACGUUUAUGCGAAAAUGCACGACAAGAUCGAUCACAUGAUGAUGAGUGGCUGCGCCUCAUUCUGCUCGGAGGACAUGGCCAUGAAAAUAUCAAUGAUGUUGAAACCACGUAUGCUCUCCGGAAGCGAUGGGAAGUACUGCGCCAACACGGGCUGCUGCCAGGCGCCCAUCUACCGCGGCGUGCCAGGCCACUUGCAGUUCACAUGGUUCGGUUCGAACCGCAGCGUGGACGAGAUAGGGCCGCCGGCGAGCGUGCUCCUGGCGGAGGAAGGGUGGUUCGAUCAACCCUCUACUGUCCUUCCUAAGAAAUUUGCAAUGCCGGUUCCUCUUCUUCUGGACUGGGAGAUAGUUGACCGACACCAGUCAGCUGAUGAGUCGUCCGGCAAUUGUACCAGGGAAGCAGCCCGCAACGUCUGCAAAAGCAACAACAGCGCCUGCCAAGCGACAAUUAAAGGUUAUACUUGCUCCUGCGAAGAUGGUUAUGAAGGCAAUCCUUACAUCCCCGAUGGAUGCACAGAUAUCAACGAGUGCAACUUACCCGCGGAAGAUACCGAAUGCUACGGAGAAUGUACCAACACACAAGGGUCCUUCAAUUGUCAUUGCCCGCAAGGAACCAUUGGCAACCAUACCAUUCCCAAUGACUGCAUCGAACUCUCAAAGCCUUCAAAACACAGAAAUACAGGUUUAAGCAUGGGAAUAGGAUUUGGCAGUGGGGCGGGCGCUAUUGUCUUUAUUCUCAUGGUAUUUUUCAUGAUGCAAAAGUAUAAACACCAAAGGGCAAGAAAAUUCAAACAAAAAUUCUUUGAGCAGAAUCGUGGACAAUUGCUGCAACAAUUGGUAUCUCAGAGAGCUGAUAUUGCAGAAAGAAUGAUCAUAAGUUUGGAAGAGCUAGAGAAGGCAACAAACAAUUUUGAUAAGUCUCGUGAGCUUGGUGGCGGGGGGCAUGGUACCGUCUACAAAGGGAUUUUAUCGGAUCUUCAUGUUGUAGCCAUCAAGAAGCCAAAGGUGGUGGUUCAGAAAGAGAUUGAUGAGUUUAUUAAUGAGGUUGCUAUCCUGUCCCAAGUCAACCAUAGAAAUGUGGUAAAACUCUAUGGUUGUUGCCUUGAAACAGAGGUCCCAAUGUUGGUCUACGAGUUUGUAUCCAAUGGGACCCUGUAUGAUCACCUUCAUGUUAGGUCAUUGGCAUGGGACGAUAGGCUACGAAUUGCAAUUGAAACAGCCAAAUCUCUUGCUUAUCUUCACUCGUCGGUCUCAAUACCUAUCAUCCAUAGAGAUAUCAAGUCCGUUAACAUACUUUUGGAUGAUACUUUGACAGCAAAGGUAGCGGACUUUGGAGCUUCAAGGUACAUUCCAAUGGAGCAAUCAGGGGUAACAACAAUGGUGCAAGGUACAAUAGGAUAUUUAGAUCCUAUGUACUUCUACACAUCGCGCCUCACGGAAAAGAGUGAUGUUUAUAGCUUUGGUGUCAUUCUUGUAGAACUGUUGACUCGAAAGAAGCCAUUUUCAUACAUGUCCUCCGGAGGUGAUAGCCUUGUUGCAAAUUUUGUUACUCUGCUUGCAGAAGGCAACUUAUUGCAGAUAUUAGAUCCACGAGUGAUCGAAGAGGGAGGCAUAGAAGUUGAAGAAGUUGCUAAGCUUGCGGUAACAUGUGUGAAAAUUAAAGGAGAGGAUCGUCCAACCAUGAGGCAAGUGGAAAUGUUGCUAGAAGGCCUUCAAACAUCCAUGGACUAUGCUCUAGAUUGUCAAGUUGCUGGGGAAUUUGAGAAAGGUGACACUGCAAUAAAUCCAUCACCAGCUAAUAGUGUCGAAAGAAACAAUGAUGAUUCAACCAGACAAUAUAGCUUAGAAGAAGAGUUUAUGUUAUCCGCAAGGUACCCCCGGUAG